GGCACACGCAAGAUGGCGGCCGUGGAGCUGGAGUGGGUGCCCGAGACGCUCUACAACACCGCCAUCUCGGCCGUGGUCGACAGCUACGGCCGGGCGCGCCGCAGGGACAUCCGCUCUUUGCCCGAGAACAUCCAGUUCGACGUCUAUUACAAGCUUUACCAACAAGGCCGGCUAUGCCAGCUGGGUAGUGAAUUUUGUGAACUAGAAGUUUUUGCCAAGGUGCUUCGAGCCUUAGAUAAAAGACAUCUCCUUCAUCACUGCUUUCAGGCGCUGAUGGACCACGGAGUCAAAGUAGCUUCGGUCUUGGCCUAUUCGUUCAGCAGGAGGUGCUCCUACAUAGCGGAAUCAGACGCGACCGUAAAAGAAAAAGCUAUCCAGAUUGGAUUUGUCUUAGGAGGCUUCCUCUCGGACGCCGGUUGGUACAGCGACGCCGAGAAGGUCUUCCUUUCCUGCCUCCAGUUAUGUACCCUUCACGAUGAGAUGCUUCACUGGUUUCGUGCGGUUGAGUGUUGCGUGAGGUUGCUGCACGUCCGGAACGGCAACUGUAAAUACCACCUGGGCGAAGAAACGUUCAAACUCGCGCAGUCCUACAUGGACAAGCUCGCAAAGCACGGGCAGGAAGCCAACAAGGCAGCCCUCUACGGGGAGCUGUGCGCCCUGCUCUUUGCGAAAAGCCACUACGAUGAGGCUUACAAAUGGUGCAUAGAAGCCAUGAAGGAGAUCUCGGUCGGAUUGCCAGUCAAAGUGGUAGUGGAUGUUUUGCGACAAGCUUCUAAGGCUUGUGUCGUAAAACGUGAAUUUAAGAAAGCCGAACAACUGAUAAAACACGCAGUGUACCUGGCACGGGAGCAUUUUGGAGCCAAACACCCUAAAUAUUCAGACACGCUACUAGACUAUGGGUUUUAUUUGCUCAACGUAGACAACAUAUGCCAGUCGGUUGCAAUUUAUCAGACAGCGCUCGACAUCAGACAGUCUGUGUUUGGCGGCAAAAACAUCCACGUAGCCACCGCUCACGAAGACCUGGCGUACUCUUCUUACGUUCACCAGUACAGUUCGGGGAAAUUUGACAAUGCGCUAUUCCACGCAGAACGUGCAAUUGGCAUCAUAACCCACAUCCUUCCAGAAGACCACCUUCUCCUCGCCUCCUCCAAAAGAGUUAAAGCGCUUAUCUUGGAGGAAAUCGCAAUCGACUGUCACAACAAGGAAACGGAGCAGAGGUUGCUCCAAGAAGCCCACGACCUGCACCUGUCCUCGCUCCAGCUAGCCAAAAAAGCCUUUGGGGAGUUCAACGUGCAGACGGCGAAACACUACGGUAACCUCGGCAGACUUUACCAGUCGAUGAGGAAGUUUAAGGAAGCGGAAGAAAUGCACAUCAAAGCGAUCCAGAUCAAGGAACAGCUCUUGGGCCAAGAAGAUUACGAAGUCGCGCUUUCCGUGGGACACCUGGCCUCACUUUACAACUACGACAUGAAUCAAUACGAAAACGCCGAAAAGCUUUAUUUGCGAUCCAUAGCAAUUGGGAAGAAGCUUUUCGGAGAAGGUUACAGUGGACUAGAAUAUGACUACAGGGGCCUCAUUAAACUGUACAACUCCAUUGGCAAUUAUGAGAAAGUAUUUGAAUACCACAACAUUUUGGCCAACUGGAACCGGUUGCGGGAUCGGCAGUUCUCGGUUACGGAUGCCCUGGAGGACGUCAGCACCAGCCUUCAGUCCACCGAAGAAGUUGUCCAGUCUUUCCUGAUUUCUCAGACCGUCGAGGAACAAAUUUGCUAAGGAACUUGGUCAAUUUUACCAACCGCUACAUUUUUUUUUUCAUUUCUUCUUCGUUUUCCCCAAAAUUCACAUGGGAAAAGUCAUACUGUGAAAUUUGAAACCAUGUAGUUUAUUAUAAUUUUUUUUUUCUUCGUGAGGGAGCUGUAAAAAUUGCAUUGAAACACUGGUCCAGUCCAUAAAAAAAAUCCCGUUUUGGGGGUGAUCUCAACUUCAGAUGGAGUGACCGUACAGACGAAUGUGUGCUAAAAUCCUUACCAGCAUGAGUACGGCAUGUUUCAUUUUGGCUCAUGUUUUCAUCUUCGGAGAGAUAUAUACAUAGAUCUAUCUAUCUAUCUAUAUAUUUUUAAAAAAUCCCAUAACUCCCAACGAUUUUCUCUAUUUUUUUAUUUUUGUCCAAAAGGAGCCACUUUCCAGGAAACCCCUGCAAGAAUAGCGAGAAAUAAAACCAUUUAACAGUUUAAGAGUUGCAUUUUUAAUUCUGAAAGGAGGGUAUCGUCUCGCAAUACUGACAAGUCCAAAGUCAUACGGUAUCAUAUAGUCGCCCUCUUUAUGCGUUUGGGUUUUUUUUAAAAAAAGAAUUGUCUCGUUUGGUAUGAAUUGACGAAACGUCAAUCACGGAUAUUCACACACACACAGGAAAGGGGAUGGUCUGGAUUUAUGUCUCGGGCUGCCUUACGGAGAAACGCGACGGCAAAUUUACUCUCGAGAAGCAACACUUGGUUCUGAACUGCACGCCGCCGUCUGACCACCGUUUUUGCUUUCGACGAGCAACUGAGCUUGGACCAGUGUUCACCUGAAAGUGAUAAUCUCCCAUAGAAUAUUUAGUCUUAGCUUUCUUUUCUUUCUGUUUUUGGUACAGGGCGAGAGUUUUCUAUGACAGGACCUGAAAGAAGAAAGCAGACCAGCUGGACCAACGGCUUUUUAAAACCAUUUCUGCCCCCUGCAUUCACUUUUACCCAGUAGGAUUAUUUCAUCAAGCGUGUAUUUUCAGUGAUAACAAGAGACUUUAUAUACGUGUAAUAGAUAACAAAACUAGGAGUUUCGUUCUUUGGCAGUUGCAAUAGCAUGUCUUUUAAAAUACUAAGGCUACACAGGUAAAAUAGAUGUUCUUGCCAUAAGGGAAAAAAAACACUUUAAAACGCUUCCUCCUCUCCCUCUCUUUCGGAAUCGGCUCACUCGAAAGGCUGUAACUUGCUUGUGCUACCUAGAUUUUUAUUUUAUUUUUUGUCCGCUCAAGAAUCUGGUUGUAUUUUAUUUUAAUUUCUGGAGAUGACAAUUUAUUGUACAGCUUGCAGGGUUCAGUGGAUAAUGCCAAAAAAGCACAACAGGAAGCUGUGUUGCCAUGGAAAUUAUUAAGAAAAAAAAAAGACAGAGAGAAACUUUAGAGGUGAAUGAACGCUUACGUUUUAUUGAAUAUUACCAAGUUCAGUACUAUUAUUUUUUUAAUGCUUCAUGAAACUUAACAGGGGAUAAAAAAAAUAUGUAUAUAUUUAAAAAUAAAUAAAAAUAAACCUGUACAUUGGCAGCGUUGCCGGAAACGAAAACAGCUGAAAGUGGAGUGAGCAAGCCUCUCAAAUGGUCUCUAAAGCUGUGUCCCCAUCUCUUUGUGCCACACUUAUUUAUAUGAAGGCAUCUUUAUCAUUCUCUUUUGUGUCAACAUUAUUUUUAUUUUUAUUUUUUUUGGUAUCCGGCACCGCACCGGACUUCAGUGCUCAAUUUUAUUCUUUGUAACCAUCAAACCAUACUGAAUAUGUUUGUAACCAACAUUGUGAUAAUUCUGUAAUUGUAUUGCUAAAAUGAAUUAUUGACUUAAUAAAUAUAGUGUUCCUGCGUU